AUGUCUCUCGAGCAGAGAGUUCAGACUUGGCUCAGCAAUAUCCAACAAUCCACCGACGAUCCAUCGCCUACUCCCGAGACAUAUCCUGAUGUCCCACCUAAUGCCUUGAAACGCCGUCGAGUCGAUUCACCACCUCGCGAGACCACCUGGUCGCUCAAGCUGUUCCCCAGCGAUCCGCUAUACGAUACCAAGAAGAGAUGCCUCCAACAACAGGCUAAAAUCGGCAGGUUCAAGGAAGAAUUGGACAGAGAUUUUUUUCGAGCACCCAAGAAACGAGCGACCGCCAACAACCAAGUGUCCUCACAAUUGCAGCAGCAAUACUGUAACUUUAUCAGCUACAGUACAGGCAAGGUUGAACGGCGGCUCAUCAGCAGAAGAGUCGAGUCGGUUUCGCAACCUGUAACAAUACCAUCUCGCGUAACCUCCGCGACGGGUUUUGGCUCCUCCAACUCGGCACGGCCACUCCGAUCGGAAGAAGUCAAGGUCGAACCAGACACCGAACCUGUGUCGUGGCCACGACAAAUCAAAACCGAACCCGAUCUCGAGCCGACGCAUUCUGUGCAAUUACCACGGGAUACAAGAGUCGAGCCUGUCAUUGAACUCCCACAGACAACAUUAACGACCCUCCUCAGUCGAAUCAACGACAUCUACGCCGGUCGCGGCAUCCUCCCCGACGAAUUCGAACCGAUCCUCGACGUCGCGAGGAAGAUUUCUAGUUACAAUGACUGGACCUGGAUCCGAUGUGGAAGUUCUAGUGAUAUUUUCUCUUCCCAGCGACGUUCUUUUGGUAGGGUGCCUAGUCUUGCCCAGGCCGGCAAGAUUAUGCACCAGGCAGCUUUAUGUGCUCAAUACAAUGCAUCACUGUCCGAGUGGAAUAUGGAGGUUGUUCACAAGGUUCUUGAGGUUUCCUUGAGGGAGGAGAAUGGCUUUGGACCUCAGCUCAUCGACUUCAGAUCCAGCGCGGGUGGUCAAAUUCUCCGCGAAUACCAUUCAAAUCUCUAUAACCCUCAACCUCCUGAUUUCUGCGUCUACGUAGAACCAUCCCGCGACAAGGACCCGGCCAUCCCCGAGCUCAUCAAGCACAUUCAGAAGAAACUCCGCACAAGGAUAUUCAACCACAUCCACGUAGCAUCCCUCCAACCCCAGCGACCGAUAGCUUUCCAUAUACACAAUCUACCGCAUAACACGAACCUUGAGCUUCAACGCGUACGAACCGCCCUCGCCGCGCACUGGGCUUUUCUCAAGGACUUGGUGCAAUUGAGGGAGAUUGCCGAGGUUCGUCGCUACGGUUGGCCGGGCGCGGAUCCUCCGAUAUAUGAGCUUCCUGAGUUCCUCCCGGGCAUCAUCGUCUACAAGCAUAAUUGGUUUCUCAGCAUCUGGAAGGAAGGCGAGAGCGACGCGAGGUUCUACGGGAUUGGCGAUACGGCGACUUCGAUUGGUGUUUUCAAGAUCAUUUAUUCGCUGCAAGUUCUCCAGAAUUGGGUUAAGAGGGAGUAUUGGCCUUGGAUGCAGAGGCUUCUUUUGGGCUGGCCUUUGGACAUGAAUGGAAUGCCUAUAAUGUAG